UUUGGCAUCACUGAAUGAACAUCGGCUGAGGUCGUCACUUGUAUUUUAAAGGCGUUGUUCAUCAUCAUUUUCAAGUGUGAAAAGAAAAUUUGAUCGGGAAAAAAUUGGGAGAUAUUUAAUUUUUGCACAAAACAGAAAGUCUUCGUCGCAAGACCAUAAAUUGGUGUCAUCAAAUAAAUAUUUAUUGUCUACAAAGUCGAUAUUGGCGAGUGUGUGGCAGUAAAAUCAUCAAAUUCUAUCAAUGACGACGAUUCGGAAAAAAUUGGUUAUUGUAGGCGAUGGAGCUUGUGGUAAAACAUGCCUUCUGAUUGUCUUCAGUAAAGAUCAGUUCCCAGAGGUAUACGUUCCAACUGUUUUUGAAAAUUACGUUGCGGACAUCGAAGUCGAUGGCAAACAAGUUGAGCUAGCAUUAUGGGAUACGGCCGGCCAAGAAGAUUAUGACAGACUACGACCACUGAGUUACCCGGAUACGGAUGUUAUUCUUAUGUGUUUUUCAGUGGAUUCGCCCGAUUCAUUAGAGAAUAUUCCUGAAAAAUGGACUCCUGAGGUGAAACAUUUUUGUCCAAAUGUUCCGAUAAUUUUGGUAGGCAAUAAAAAGGAUUUACGAAAUGAUCCCAACACUAUUCGAGAUCUUGCAAAAAUGAAACAGGAGCCAGUUAAGCCUCAAGAGGGUCGCGCAAUGGCUGAGAAAAUUAAUGCCUUCGCCUAUUUAGAAUGUUCAGCCAAGUCUAAAGAAGGUGUACGAGAUGUGUUUGAAACGGCUACUAGAGCUGCACUACAAGUCAAGAAGAGGAAGAAGACCAAAUGCCUUUUGCUCUAAAAGAGCAAGUCUACAAUUUACAUACGCUACAUGCAAAACAAAAACAAAAAACACACUCCCAAUAUUUUGUUUCCUCUUUUUAUAACGGGCAUCAUUUCAAACGUGUAUUUGAUUGGUAAUUUCUUAAUCAUGAUUGAUUAUUAAAAAAUAAUCUUAUUUCAUUUGUAUUUUAUUUAAAGCAAAAAAAAAAAUUAUAUUAUAUACAUGUAUUUAAAAAAAAGUUAUCCAAUAAUGAAAAAAAGAAUUAAUUACUCAAAAAGCGUUCAUGAAGAAUAUUUGAGGACCGCUGAUAAAUAAAAACGUGACAUAUGAAAAUCAGCUACAUAUGUAGUAGGCACUAAAAAUGGAGUGGUAUUAAUGGUAGAAAAAUCGGAACUGCGACAAAGUUUUUUAUGAAUCUGCACGCAUACACGCACACAUGCACAAACACGAGAGUGUAAAUGGCAAUAUGAGGAUCAAUCGGAAGAAACAUCAAACCAAAUUUAUUUGAGUGUAUUAGUGUAGAUUUUGUUGAAUGUCCCCGUUUUUUUUAUUUUUGAAAUACGUUAAGAAAAAAGCAAAAAAAAAAGAAAUGCAAAAAAAACAAUAAAAUAAACGACCACCAAAAACAAAAUAUGUAUUUGUGAAUUUUGCUACUUUUACUACCGAUAAUAUGAUAUCUAUGAUGAUGGUCAUAAUUUUGUAAUGUUUAAAGCAAACCUUAUAAGAACUAAAAUGAAAACAUCUACAAUUCAUUGGAGCACAUGCAAGCGCUUGAAAGCAAACAUAGGGCAAAACAAGCCACCAAUAAGAAGCAAACAGUUCAACCGGGAACCCCAAUUUCAAAGCUUAAAAAACAUUUACCACAGAAUUGAUGCAUUCUAAAUUCAAAUCAAACUGUAAUGGUAUCUAUCAUAUAAAUCAAAUCAUAAGUAUUUUAUUAUUAAAGAAAACGAAUAAAAACAUAACGAGACUAUAAAUCA